GGCCCGAACUACAUUCAUAAAUUUGGAUGCCAUUUUUGGCGGAAGCAGGAGGAGUGUCUGUGUUUGCCCGAACUUCCCAGCCUUCUCCUACAAACUUACCCCUUAUUUUGGACAUCGUGAGACCCAGUCUCGGAGCACAGAAGUUUGAAGAAGCUUUGAGAGUCAUUUGGUCGCCAUGCCGAGCCGAGCAGAGGAUAUUCUGAACGGGUUUAAACUCAACUGGAUGAACCUGCGUGAUGCAGACUCAGGAAAAAUCCUGUGGCAGGGGAGUGAGGACCUGUCUGUGCCGGGGACUGAGCAUGAAGCACGAGUACCCAAGAAGAUCCUGAAGUGCCGAGCAGUUUCCCGGGAAAUCAACUUCUCGUCCAUCGAACAGAUGGAGAGGUUCCGGCUGGAGCAGAAGGUCCUGUUUAAGGGCAGGGUCUUAGAAGAGUGGUACUUUGAGUUUGGUUUUGUGAUCCCCAACUCUACCAACACUUGGCAGUCCAUCAUAGAGGCAGCGCCAGAGAACCAGAUGAUGCCAGCAAACGUGCUCAGCGGGAACGUGGUGAUUGAGACAAACUUUUACGACAAGGACCUAUUAGUCAGCACGUCCAGAGUACGCCUCUUCUAUGUCUGACCCCCAACAACCAACCAAUCAGUGUUCUCCAUCCAAGUCACCUGACCUCACGACACCUGAUCCAAUCCUGAUGUGUUUAGCUACCAGCCCUUUGCUGUUUUAGUGGGAUGGUGCCGUUUCUGAGGUCAGAUCAUUCCAAUUCACAGAUAGGGUGGGGGUGGGUAGGAUGUAUGGAGCUUUUAAAAACCAUCAGCUGGCAUUCCUUGAAAUUUUUGAUGACAGGGGAAUAAGUAAAGAACUAUACUUUUUUUUACAGCAGCACUAGCUAUUGAUGAUAAAUCCAUUUCCUAGAAAUGUUCCUCCAUUGGCUCAUCUAUUGAUGUUUCUUUCCAUAAUCAUAACACCCAAUGUAUAACCUGACUAUUGAAUACUUGAAUCACUUGGUUAAAAUGGUUCAUGGCUCACUGUGAAUAUCAAAGCAUUUGAUACUUUAAUAGCAUGCUGGUGCAUGGGGGAGAGUGCUUUAUGAAUGGCAAUCUGUACAAAUGUAAACAGCACUGGGAAGCUUUCCUAGCAUGCUUUCUAGGAAAUAGGGAAGACCACUUUGUGAAAUGGUUGCCUAAUUUGUUGUAUACUUAUCAGAAAGGACAUUGUUAGUAACAUACUCUCCAUCAUUUACUGGUAUGGUAAAAAAUACAAUCACAACACCACUCAAUAUUUGGUCUAACUUUAGGAUGUGCUAACGAUGCUCACCAUUUUCUUGUACCAUCAGUAUCAAUAUAAUGUAGGUAUUACUGUUUUGCCACUUUUUAGAAGAUGCUACCGAAUAUACAAAAUGUAUGUGACAUUGCAUCUUUCAUAAUUGUCAUGGCUUACGUUCACAUGUAAUCUGCAAGUACACUAUGUUUUGUAACAAACUGCUUCUGCACACAAGGCUACCAUGUAUUCCAAAGGGAUGGCAUUAGUGAAGUAUCAAAUAAGUACUAGUAUUUCCAGCAGUGUCAUGAAGCUAUGAUGUUGCAGCAAAGGUCACAUAGCUUGUCCAUUUUAUUAGUAGUUUCCAUUGAAAGCUGUAUCACAAGCAGUGUUUGCCUUGUGUAGGGCUCUGCUAUGGUGUAACACAAAUCAGUUCUAAAAGAAAUGCAUGGAAAUCCCAUCGUAUCAGUUUUUCCUGCUGUACAUAUUCUUGCCCAAUGGUACAAAUGGCUAGACACCGUUGGUUUUGAUUUUUAGAAACACUACAAAGUCAUAGUAGGGGGUUAAAGGAUGUAUGAAUGCACUUCAACUCAAAUUCAGCUGUGACUUGCAAUAAUGGCAGCCUUGGGGAAUUUCAGGAAACUGGUAGGUUAUAGAAAGCUAUCCAUGCUUCAUGCAUUCCGAAGAUAAGCUAAUUGACAGUAAAGUACCUUGCAGAGGGUGAGCCAGAAAGAAUUGUUGAGCGGAGCUGAGAAGAAAUGUUGUGUAGAAUUUAAGAUUGGUAUUGCAAACCAGAAGAAAAAGUAAACAAAAUGCUACACACUACAGUAGGACAAAAUACCUUAUAAUCAUACACCAUACAAAAAUUAAUGUUUUAACACAUCUCUUCACCAUGAUUCUUUGAGAUUCAUUUCUUGAUUCCUUAACAUUACAAAGAUUAAGAUGACACAACUUAGAGAAUAAGUAGCACAUAUUUUCAAAGCUGUCAUAAAUUGAAGAUUACUAUUAUACAUGUUGUAGUGCUGCAUCUUUUUGAUGUCGCGAAACGAGUGUGUUAUGACAUGGCAUAAAAAAGUUCAAAAUGGAGAAUGCGACCUAGUUGUCUUUCUAUUGCGAUGCCUCAAAAUUCAGACUUUUUAGUCUUAAGAUAGAGCCGACGUUGAACAUCGUCACUUUUGAGGAUUUUGCUGGAUUUGUAUCUUUAUAUAACUUCUAGAAAUGGUAACGCCCACUGAAAGCCAUUGCAAAAAUAGUUGGCCAAGGAGUCACAAAGACGAGAGAUUGUUACUUUGUAGUAUGAAACUUCUGACGGAUUGCACUUACUGUAGAACUGAUUGUGUUGACUGGCAAUAAGUGUUGCAUACAUGUUCAGAUUGUCAGCCUUCAGUGAUAGAAAUCUGUGUCAUUCUGCUAUGGCAUGCUUUAAUGUCAACAGAACAAGAAGUAAUACUUCUCACAGUAUUUUAAUUCAAAUGAUUUAUAUUGUAACAAAGAGGAGUUGAUGUUAAACAUGUACAACAUUUAGCAUAUGAUUAAUUGUGAAUUGUGAUGUUGAUAUGUAGGUGAUAAAUUGAUAUAUAAUUAUAAUGGGACCAAGAUAUGGUAAAACAAAUUCAAGAAUAUGACAAUUUUUUGAAAUUAUCAGUGAAUGAUUAUGUUUAUGGUAUAUUAUGUGGCAUAUACAUUUUGUGCACUUACUCACUGUCUUUGGAAAAUCCUGUUGUACAUAGUAUUGGCUUGACACAGUCACUGAAUGAUGUGCAUUUAGUAAAGUUGCUGAGUUUACUC